AUGGGCGAGCUGUCGCUGUGUCGAAAGGAUGCAUCCAGCUCAUCGCCGCUCUCUUCAGUGGCAGCCAUGUCCUCCUCAGCCCCGCAUGCCUCCCUGACGCGCGCCUCGGUCGAAGCCGCCCACGCCCUCAUCAAGCCGCACAUCCAUGACACGCCCGUCUUGACCAACACCACCCUAAACACUCUCGCCAAUACGCCUCAAGCUCCAGAAGCACUCCAGGGAACACAAUGGGAAAGCCAAGAGCCCGCUAAGCCCAAGGUGAACCUCUUCUUCAAGUGCGAAAACUUCCAGCGCAUCGGCGCCUUCAAAGUACGCGGUGCUUUCCAUGCCGUCACGCGAUUGAUCGAGCAGGACGGAUUGGAAGCAGUGCAGAGCAAGGGAGUAGUCACACACAGUAGCGGAAACCAUGCGCAGGCCCUCGCGCUUGCCGCAAGAACCUUCUCAAUACCCGCACACAUCGUCAUGCCCUCCAUAUCCACGCCCUCGAAGAUAGCAGGCACGCGGUCACAAGACGCCAACAUCCACUUCUCCGGCUCCACGAGCACCGAACGCGAAGCCGUCGUCGCAGACGUAAUCAAGGACACAGGCGCUACCCUGAUCCCUCCCUACGACCAUCCCCACAUCAUACUCGGCCAGGGCACCAUGGCGCUGGAGAUACAGGAUCAAGUCAGCAAGCUUCUGGGAAGCGGCGAGAUGCUCGACGCUGUUAUCGCGCCUUGUGGUGGCGGCGGCAUGCUGAGCGGCAUCGCAGUCGCUCUCCACGGCACUGGGGUACGCGUCUUCGGCGCAGAACCCAGUUUUCAGGGCGGCGACGACGCGAAGAGGGGCGUUGAAAAGGGCGAACGCGUUACCAGCGUCAAGACCCUGACUAUCGCCGAUGGCCUGCGUACGCCCCUCGGUGACCAUACAUGGGGUGUUAUCUCGAACAAGGACUACGUGCAUAGUCUCUACGCCGUCACAGAGCAGAACAUCAAAGAUGCGAUGAAGCUGGUGUUGGAGAGGAUGAAGUGUUUUGUCGAGCCGAGCGCGGUCGUGGGUCUGGCGACUAUACUGUACAACGAGGACUUUAGGAAGAUGGUUGAGAGGGAGGCUGGGGACAAGGGCUGGAACAUUGGCGUCGUCUUCAGUGGGGGAAAUACCACGAUUGAGGCCAUCACCAAGAUCUUUGCUGAAGUGCCGGAGGAGAGGGCGCAGAGACAAGAAGGGGUGUUGGGUAAAGAUGGGCGGAGGGUGGUUGAGAACGUUGCCGGUUAG